GGGAGGGGGUGCAAAAAUCUACAUCAUUUGGAGCUUUCCUCCCACCCCAGGGCAGCCGAGGCCACAUUUUGGGGUAGAAAAGGAGGGCUCGGCGAGUGGCUCGGCAGAGCAGACCAUGUAAGGCUUUAUUCCCUGCGCUGACCCACCAGACAGCCCUGCCAAAAAAUGCAGGGGGUUGUAAUGUGAGCAGCCCCCCUCUGUGCUGAGUAAUUCCGGCAGGCGCCUGAGUCACCCUUGGCUGUCCACAUGUGUGGAGAUGCUCAGAGCAUCGCUGGGCACUGCACUGCUCCUCCAUGCCCCCUCAGCUAGGGCUGGAUGUAUCCCCAUCCCCCCUUCCCUUCCCGAGGCGUAUUCGGAGGCUGAAACCCUUCCCUUGUUGCUCCGGCUGGCUCCAGCCCGCGCAGGUCUGGCCACCUUGUCAAGGUCGUUUAUAAUGAGCUUGUUUGCAAACUCAUUUCCACCACAGCGCUGGCACAGCCAGCAGCAUCGAGCCGGGCAGCCCCAGACCCCCAAAACACUCCCGGGAUGGACCCCCCCAGCCUGGAGCAGGAAGAGGAGAAGGUCUUGGUGUCGGAGCACAGCUGGCGGCCCUUCCCCAAAGCCCGUAGGAGGCUGCGAGGGUGUCUGGAGGUGGUGAAGGGGCUGCUCUUCCGUGUGGGCGAGGACUGGUAUUUCCUCUUUGUCCUGGGGGUCCUCAUGGCCACCAUCAGCUUCAUGAUGGACCUCAUCGUCUUCAGGCUCUACGAGGCCCACCGGUGGCUGUACCAAGAAGUCGGUGAUUAUUUGGUGCUCAAGUACCUCUCAUGGACCAUCUACCCUGUGGCCCUGACAGCCUUCUCCACCGGCUUUGCCAACAGCAUCACACCGUAUUCGGGAGGCUCCGGCAUUCCUGAGCUCAAGACCAUCCUGAGCGGCGUGGAGAUGAAGGAAUACUUGGCCAUCAAAAAUUUUGGGGCCAAGGUGGUGGGACUGACUUGCACCCUUUCUGCUGGCAGCACCGUUUUCCUUGGCAAAUUGGGUCCCUUUGUUCACCUCUCCUCCAUGGCUGCAGCUUAUCUGGGGAAGAUGCGGACCUCGGUGAUAAGGGAGUAUGAGGACAAAUUCAAGCAGAACGAGAUGCUGGUGGCUGCUCAGGCUGUUGGCGUGGCCACUGUUUUCGGGGCUCCCAUCAGCGGGGUGCUGUUCAGCAUCGAGGUUAUGUCAUCCCACUUUGCCGUGCGGGAUUACUGGCGUGGGUUUUUUGCUGCUACUUGUGGUGCCUUCAUGUUCCGCCUCCUCGCCGUCUUCAACAGCGAGCAAGAAACCAUCGCUGCUCUUUUUAAAAGCGACCUCAAGAUUGAUUUCCCUUUCGACCUGCCAGAGACUUUCUUCUUCAUGAUUUUGGGGGCCAUCUGUGGAGCCAUCGCCUGCGCCUACCUCUUCUGCCAGCGCUGGCUGCUGGCGGCUGUCAAAGAGAACCGGCUGACAGGCAGGCUGCUGGCCACCGACAAACCCCUGUACACAGCGCUGGUGGUGCUGCUGCUGGCGUCCAUCACCUUCCCUCCAGGCCUGGGCCAGCUGAUGGCCUCCAGGCUGUCCAUGAAGGAACACCUCAUCUCUCUCUUCGACAACCGCUCCUGGUUUCUGCUGGCCCAGAACGCUUCCAUGUCCACCACCCAGCUGGGAGACCCACGGGGGCUGUGGCAGGAGUGGUGCCAUCCUUCAGCCACCAUCUUCGGUACUUUGGUCUUCUUCCUGCUGAUGAAGUUCUGGAUGCUGACCCUGGCCACCACCCUGCCCAUGCCUGCUGGGUACUUCAUGCCUGUCUUUGUCUAUGGAGCAGCCAUCGGGCGGUUACAUGGGGAGGUGCUGGCCUGGCUGUUUCCCCAUGGCAUCCGUGCAGAGGGCACGGCGUACCCCAUUGUCCCCAGUGGAUAUGCACUGGCUGGCGCUGCUGCUUUCUCGGGUGCUGUCACCUACUCUGUCUCCACCGCCCUGCUGGUGUGUGAGGCCACUGGCCACAUGGCCCACGUGCUGCCCGUCGUGCUGGCUGUGCUGGUGGCCAAUGCCAUCACUCAGAAGUGCCAGCCUUCCUUCUAUGAUGGCACCAUCAUUGUCAAGAAGCUGCCCUACCUGCCCCGCAUCCGCAGCCGGCACAUAGCCUCCUAUCGGGUGGUGGUGAAGGAGUUCAUGGAGCAGCAGGUGGUGGCUGUGACCAAGAGUGAUGGCUUUGAGGAGGUGCUGGCGGCCCUCACUGCCACCACUGAUAAAGAAUACCCAGUGGUGGAGAGCAAAGGAUCACCCACACUGGUGGGCACCAUCAGCCGUGCCAAACUGGUGGCCUUCCUGCAGAGCCACGAGCACCCACAGGCACCCCCAGGGCCGCUGCAGGAGAAGCCAGCCUCCACUGGGACACUUGGGGAAGACUGUGCCAUUGAGCCCAUCGUACUGCAGCUGUCACCGUGGACCUCACUGCACCAGGCACAUCACCUCUUCGAGCUGCUGAAGCUGCAGUGUAUCUUCGUCACCCACUAUGGGGAGCUGGUGGGGGCUGUCACACGCACCGAGCUGCGCAGAGCCAUAGAGGAGCUGGCCAAGGACGCGUGACCGCCCCUCCUGCUGCUGUGUUAAUUAAAUGGCUUUUGGGGUCAUAUGGUUAAUUUCAGGA